AUGUCUAGGAAGACGGAAAAAGACAUGAGAUGGCAUAGUGAUAAGCGUGUGGAUGAUGGUGUAGGGAGGCAUCCGGCUGAUUGUAAAGAGUGGGAGGAAUUUGAUUUGCAUUAUCCAGAGUUUGCCCAGGAGACUCGCAAUGUUAGGUUGGGCCUAGCCACCGAUGGGUUCAACCCUUUUGGGAACAUGAGCACUUCCUAUAGCAUGUGGCCUGUCAUACUCAUGCCCUAUAACCUCCCACCUUGGAGAUGUAUGAAGGCCCCUUUUUUCAUGAUGUCUUUACUUAUUCAUGGACGUAAUCAACCAGGGACUGAUAUUGAUGUCUACCUAAGGCCAUUGAUUGAUGAGUCGAAGGAGUUGUGGGAGAAUGGUGUGAUGACUUACGAUGCCUCCACUAAACAGACCUUCCGGAUGCAUGCAGCUGUAAUGUGGACCAUAAAUGACUUCUCUGCAUAUGGUGACUUAUCCGGAUGGAGAACUAAAGGUUAUUUGUCUUUCCCUCCUUGUAAUGAUAAUCCGUUGUCACGCGGGUUGAUCAGUAAGAUUGGGUGGGUGGGUCAUCGAGCUUACUUGCCUGAUAACCACCUUUGGAGGAAAGACAAGAAGUUUGAUGGUUUAACUGAGCUUAGAAAGAAAUCUUUGGACUUACCGGUGGAAAAAGUAAUGGCUCAAUUGGAUCAAUUGCGGGAAGUCAAGUUUGGAAAGGAUCCUACCAACAAGAAAAGACCACGAGAGUCUGAAGAAUUGAAUUGGAGAAAGAAAAGCAUAAUGUGGGAGCUACCGUAUUGGAAGAAAUUAAACCUUCGACACAAUCUUGAUGUCAUGCACAUUGAGAAGAAUAUUUGUGAAAACUUUUACGGGACGAUGUUGGCCAUAGAUGGGAAAAACAAGGACACGUACAAAGCACGUGAUGAUUUGCAAGAAAUGGGCAUAAGGCAAGAAUUGCAUCUACAGAGGAAAGAUAACGGAUCUGUUGUAAAGCCUCGGGCAGCCUACACAUUGGAUUCUCGACAAAUAGAUGUUUUUUGUGAAUUCUUGAAGUCUAUUAGUUAUCCAGAUGGCUAUGCAGCAAACAUCUCAAGAUGUGUGACUUCUAAAAAUGGAAGAUUAUCGGGCAUGAAAAGCCAUGAUUGUCAUGUCCUACUUCAACGAUUUCUACCAAUUGGCAUGCGUGGUUUUGUGAACAAGGAGAUCUGUACAACACUAUUUGAGUUGGGCAACUUCUUCCAAGAACUGUGCUCAAAAACAUUAAGGCAGACUGAUUUGGAAAAAAUGGAGGAACGAAUUGUGCUCAUACUUUGCAAGUUGGAGAAAAUUUUUCCUCCAGCUUUCUUUGAUGUGAUGGUCCAUUUGGCUGUUCACUUGCCCCGUGAGGCCAUGUUUGCUGGACCGGUGCAAUAUCGAUGGAUGUACCCGAUCGAAAGGUUUCUCGGGACUUUGAAAGGGUAUGUCAGUAAUAGAGCACGUCCAGAAGGUUCUAUCACUGAGGCUUACAUUGUCAAAGAGUGUCUUACUUUUUGUUCAAUGUACUUAAAAGGGAUUGAUAAACCUGAACGAAAUGAUGAUGGUGGUGAACGUGGUCCCGGGAUGGAGAUGAAUGAUUUGCGAACGAAAGGGUCACCUGAAGCAACUGACGAAUUGUGGUCAUUAGCAAAUGGUCCUGGAUCAGUAAUUGACUUUUAUUCUUGGUGCAUCUACAAUGGAAUUCGAUUCCACACUAGAAACCGUGAAAAUCGUCAUACCUGCCAAAAUAGUGGUUUGGUCGUAGAAGGGGACCAUAAUGGGAACCAAAUUAAUUUUUACGGCUACUUGUGCAAAAUAUGGGAAUUUAAAUACUUGCAUGGGGGUACAGUGGUUUUGUUCCAAUGUGAAUGGUAUGACACCGGUCACAAGAAUAGAAUAUACUCCGAUGAACAUGUCACAAGUAUUGAUGUUACAAGACUUUGGUAUAAAGAUGACCAAUUUGUUCUACCUAGUCAAGUAAGACAAGUAUUCUAUGUCAAUGAUACCAGCAAAGGCAAAAAUUGGAGAGUCGUUGAACGUGUUAAGCAUCGGGGAGUAUGGGAUAUACCAGAGCGGGAUGAUGUCUCUAAUGAUGCUUUUCAACAGGAUGAAACCACUGAUGGUGUUGGGGUAGUGAUCCAAGAUAAUGAUGUUCAAUACAGCAGGGGUGAUAUGGAUCCUGAGAUCAUUUUCAAUGAUCAACUAAUGGCAGAGAAUUUAGUUCACAAUGAUGACGAGGACGACACAAUCAUAGAGUAUAAUGAUGAUGAAGAUGAUGAACUGCAUAGACAACCUGAUGUUGAUGUAGAUCCUGAUAUAGAUCUUGAUAUAGAUUAUGAUAUGUAG